GAAUGCACAAGUUGCAAUGACGACGAACUUGGUAUCACGAGAUGGACGAUGCCGUUGCUAAAAACAGGAGAGAAGAGAUAUUACUUAGGAAUAUUCUUUAAGGCUAAUUGGUUUAAGGCGCAACAGUACUGCAGAUUCCACGGCAUGCACCUCGCUUCAAUUGCAUCGCAGCAGGAGAACGACAAGCUGGAACAAUAUGUCAAAGAUUCAGGAUAUGGACGUGAGCACUUCUGGACGUCCGGCACCGAUUUGGCUGAGGAAGGAAAUUUCUUCUGGAUGGCAAACGGCAGACCGCUGACAUUCGUCAAUUGGAACGCGGGAGAGCCAAACAACUUCAGAUACGAGAACGGAGAAGAGGAAAACUGUCUGGAACUGUGGAACAGAGACGACAAAGGGCUCAAAUGGAACGACUCGCCGUGCUCCUUCGAAACGUACUUCAUCUGCGAAGUCCGGUCGGAUUGAUAAAUGGCAAUCCUGUUAUGUGAUAGAAAUCUAGUGUGCUAGAUAACGCCAUCUCAUGAAUAUGUUUCAUUUAUUUUUUCUCAUUAAAACCACCGAAUUUAACACCCUUACAUGUAUCAGAGUCAGGGAAUUCAUGAUAGUUAUGAAUAAACACGCUUAAAUACGGCGAUUGUGAGUGUUCGGUGGAUUUACGCCAUUUCACGUAAGAAAGAUCAUUUUGAAUGCACAUAAGUGUUCGUUUAAGAUUCGGAACGUUUUACCACAGAUGCAACUGUACCAAGGCCGUAGUUUUAUGUUUAUAGAAUGAAUUUACGAAAUAUUACAAAGUCGUAUGUAUAAUGAGUCGAUUUGCAAAGUAUUGUUGGGAAAGUCAUCGAACGAUGCUCGGUAUUGAAUAGUAUAGAAGACAUUGGGAAUGUUUAUUUAUUUAUUUCUCGACCUUGUGGUUGUGGAAUUUUACAAACUUGUAUCAUUUAUAUUUUAUUUUGCAACGAUCACUGCCUUAAGAUCUUAGGAACCUCCGGGCUCGGCCCAGGGACACCGUGUGUCCAUAGUCAAAUAGUGGAUAAACAAAGUUACCUUAGAUUUAAAUGUAUAUAGAUUAAGUACGAACAAUAAAUUCACAUAAAACAAGUUAA